CGUAGUUCCAAAUGGAAAUCAGUUAAAAGCUUAGAGAUAAAGAGACUGGAUAUAUGUUGUCGCAAGACAUGUCGGAUAACAUCAAGAAGCACUCUAGACAUCUCCUGUGUAAUUCCAUUGCUGGCCAACAACGUCGAGCUCACCAUCUAUGUUUUCUUGUCCGAAACAGAGCCGCAGGAAUUCAAUUUUGUCCGUCUGAAAAGAAAAGAAGCUUUAAAACUUGUUCAUCAACAAAAUCCACACAUCCCUGAUGCAACCAGGUCCUUCGAUACUAGUCCCACUGGCUUCGACGACUCUAAACACCAACUGCGAUCCAUCAACGGAAUGCCAUCAUCAUGUGGAGACCUACAGAUGCUAGGCCACACUUUAAAUGGACUUUAUUCAAUUAGAGGACUUCGGGAAGUUGAAACGGUCUACUGUGACUUCAACAAGCCACUAAAUGAUCCAGGUUUCCAGACGAGGAUUGGCUAUCAAAAUAUUAAGACAAGACCAGUAUACUUUAACGUAAGGAAAACCAAAAAAUUUUCGACAGAGAACACCCCAAUUCCGUUUGAUCGCGCAAUCCUUAACGAUGGAGGAGCCAUGAAUUUAGAAACUGGGAUAUUCACAGCACCAGUUGCAGGAAUUUACUUUUUUUCUUUUACGGGACUCGUGCAAUUUGAGGUGACUUCAGCUGGAAGUCUAAGUGCACUAUGGAUAAUGCUUUACAGAAAUAAUCAGCUAGUAGCACGCAGCCAGAUAAACGAAGUCAACCCCGUUACAAACCCUAAUUAUCUAAGUCCAAUAACCUUUCAAUCAACUCUGAAGUUGAACGCCACAGAUGAAGUCUGGGUGGAGAUUAAAAGGGAUAUUGUAUUUGGCGUUUUAUUCGACGACGGUGAUACCUAUUGCACGAACUUUAACGGGUGGCUUUUAGAGGAAGAAAUUUAA